GGGGGGAGUAAUAAAUAAAUACAACAUAUAAAUAGAGCAGUAUUUCAGUCAGAGCUGAUCACUCUUCACUCGCUCCAGGGAACUGUUGAAAUCUUCUGUGAGGUUCAUUCAUUCAGCUCAGCAGCUUUUCAAGAUUUCAGGUGAAGUGAAUCAUCCAGACGAGAUGUCGCUGCAGAAACUGGAAGAGAUUAAUGAUGAACUUCAACAAAGCAUUAUGGGACUGAACUCAGAAUUCAACAAAAACCAUCCAACUCUCAUUAGUAAAAUAAAGGAACUGAAAGAUGUCACCAAGGAACUUGAAGACAUGCACAAAAGCACUACAAAGGGCAGUUUGUUUGGCUCAAAACUUGGAGUGGCUGGAGGAGUCACAGCACUAGCGGGUCUGGGUUUAUCAUUUUUCACAUUUGGUGCUUCUUUAGCUUUUUCUGCUGCUGUUAUUGGUGGUGCUGUUGGAAUAGCUGGAGGAGUUACAGGUGCAAAAUAUAACAUCACUAACAUGAUCCAACAGAAAAAACUACGUGAGACUAUUGAGAAUAUCAUUAAUGAUUUCCAGAAAACAAUCAAUCCAAUGAUUGAGCAUCUGAAUGCAAUUUCUAACAAAAUACAAGAGCUUCAGCAGGAGGGGCAGAACUAUUCUGCGCUUCAUAAAACAAUAAUGACAAGUGUGAAGUCCAUGAAAACCAUUUCCAGCAUUACAAAACUUUUAACUGUACUGAGAACUGCUAGCCUUGGGAAAACAGUUGCAAAAGCUGCCAAAACUCUUAAAGUGGUCGGGAAAAUUACUAGCACAAUCUCAACUCUGUUUCUCGCUCUUGAUGUUUACAGUAUUUAUUGUGAUUCUGUAGAGAUCUCUGAAAUAAAUCAACCCGAAAAAGAGAGAAAAGCAGAAGAAAUCAAAUCAGAAACUUUAAAAUUUAUUUAUGAAAUGAAAAAAACUGCUGAUCAGUUUCAGUUGACUCUGAAUGAGAUUAAAAGUGCCAGAGAUGAUAUUAACAGAAAGUUACAGUUCAGUUGAAAAUCUGCUUGAACUAAAAUCUUCCAUCUGCAUUUCAUGUGCAAUUAUGAAUAAAAUCACAAAGAAAUUGUUCAGUCUUUGCAAACAGUGUUUCCUGAAUUACAGUACAUAUGUGCUUUCCUUUUCAUUUGCAGAAAUAGUGUGGAAAAUGCGGUGAAAUGUUUUUUUAGAACAUUUAUUUUGUAAUUAAAUGACUCUAUUUGUCAUAGUCUCGUUUCUUGUUUUCUGGUUCUGUAUGACUGUGGAUAAUCGCUAUUUGCAAACAGUCUUUGUAAAACUGUUUUUGAAAUUGUUUUGAAAUUGCUGUUUUGUUGUACGUUACUGUAUUGUAGUGUAAAGUCAAAUUAAAGAAAGACUGCUGGUUUUCCAGCUGAUGUAAAUAUCAACACCAAAAUAUCUCUUAUGAAAUUUAGCGUGUGUGCACUCCAAAUAAAUGUACAU